CGGCGCAAACGCGCCUCGCGGAAGGCCACGGAGCAACACUUGUCAGCGCCCCGUGCAACGGCUCCGAGACAGAAUCGUCGCUGCCGCAGCUACAACCGUGCAAGCAUGAACCACCCUCUUCGUUCCUGCUGGGCGUCCGAGCCCAAGACACCGAUGUGCCUGCACGCGGCAGCUGCCGGAGCAGACGAUGCGUGUUGACCUUGCGUUUACCAACGCUUGCUUCUUGUAAGCUUGGCGUGGCGGGUACAGCUCCGGUACGCGUAGCCCAAAGCAACUGGCUUGCGGUAGCGAGCGCGCCAAGAAUCAAAAACACGACCUCCUUACGACUGCCGAACGACGACUGUGUCGGAGCGCCGGCGGCGUCCGGCUGUCCACCGCUGCCGCCUGCGCUGCUGGAUUGUCUCUAUUUUGCUUGAUUCCUCGGUCAACUUGUGAGUGCCCGUCGUAUCCCCGAUAACGAAGGAGCUCUCCUAGCAGCGGCAUUAGCUUCGCUCGGGCUUACCUGGGGAUACGGCGAUGUAACUGCCAGUCGCCGUUACGCUGGAGCAGACAGUUUGUGCUGGGGCGCAAAAUAGCAUCUACGCAGUGCAAGGCGCCGUCGCUUCAGUGAUUUCGAUGGCUCCGUUCACUACCUCAAGCAAGGUUUCUGAAGACUCACUGGCACGUCACAGCUCCACAGAUAGCCUUCGCGGCCUGCCCUUAAGCCUGAGAGGGCAGCUGAGGGUCUUCGUUGUCGUGGCUUCCAAUACCUCCCACUCGUCAGAACCGCUGGCCGGCUAGCCACGGUUUCUUGCAGCUGUCAUCCACCUCGAAGAUCUGAAAUUUGUGCGUGUGCCAGUGAAUGUGUUUGUGCUAGCACCAGCGUACAAAUAAGUGCCACUUCUAUAAGCUUACGUCAGUGACCGCUGUGUGAUCUUGAUGUUAAGCCGUCGCAACGAGACGCCGGCACGGUGACCUUGAAGCGGAAAGGAAUUGCAGAAUUCUUGCGUCGCGUCGCAUUCUAUUUACCGUUUCGAUAAUACGCUACUGAAGCUCGAAACAGUGCAAGAUCAGUUCGCUCACAGCACAGCCAUUCGGCAGAGAUUUGACCAAUCCGCCGCCCGACUUGUGGAUGGAGGCCACCUUCGCAUGAAGGCCACGGCAAUCCGUGGGAACGGCGAUUGCGGCAGCGAUUCGCCUAUCGAAUUGUGCCGCCUUCUUCAUCUGCGUGACACUUGAAGAAGCCGUUAUCGGAGCGAGCAGGGAAGCAAAGCGGGGGGAGCUUUUCUUCGCAUAGUCGCCGCGUCAAAAGAAUCGGGAGCCGCAAGGAACGGUCACACGGAUCGCCGGACCUCACGGAUCGUCGUUUCUCGGCGUGUUCGACCUGUGUCUCACGGAGUUUGUGCUUGCUUUUCGUGCGUCAGAGCUGCUAGAGCCGAGCAGCAGUACGGCAGCGGUGCCGUGCCAUUGUGCGUGCCGGGCGCCGCGCGGCGCCCGGUGCGACAUCGCCGCCGCCACCGGAGUGUCCCGUGUCCGGGAGGAUGAGCGUUGGUGAGGUGUGCCACAAGUAUGGGAUGCACGCAGAGCGCAAUCCAGCGCAGGGCCGGAGGCCGCGCGGGCCGCGGCGGCCCCGCGACGCCCGUACCCACGGCGGGAGUGCCUCCGCCGCCGACCAGGUCUGCCUCGGACCUCUCGGCGGCCGCCAACAAUUCGGCGUCCAACAACCGGUGCCGCGCUCCACCGAGCGCCUCCGAGUCUCAGCCGCAGCAUCGCAACUCGCGGCCCCAGUGUCUCGAGGGCGCCAGACCCCUUUUCCGCCGCGCCACCAACUGGGAGGUCGUCACCGACCGGAACGUACCGCUGUUCGCAAUGCUGGACGGCGCGCCCGACGACGGAAGGAAAGGAACCGUGGCGCUCAAGUUUGGGUCCAUGUACCUCGCAGUUCCUUCAGUAAAAGUGAUGUUUGUGUUCGGCAAGGAGGACGCGCAGUACAAUGCGCUCAAGUGGGCGGCCGACAAGAUGCACUACGAGUGCUCGCUGAGCUCUACCUCAGAGACGGCCAUUGAGAACUACCUCAACGGACAGCCCCACCUGGUGUUCGUCGACGCGCGAAGCAAGAGCACCAUCGACCCAGUGGCUCUGUGCAGAACGCUUCGCGGUUUCAGGGGUAGCCAGUUCACGUGCAUCAUCGCUGUCGUAAAGAAAGGGUUGGCCGAUAAGGAGGAAGCAGCUGUCAUCCCGCUGCUGAAAUGCGGUUACAACAGGUGGUUCACGGAGACGUGCUCUCUCGGCGUGUGUCUGAACGAGAUGAUCCAGAUUGAGCACAACGACCUGAUCAACCUGUGGAAGCUCAGGGCCUCCGAGGCACUCUUCUCUGCUCUGCACUAUGCACGGGACGGCGUCAUCGUCACCGGUGCCGCGCACGAAAUUCAGUACAUGAACCGGGCUGCCGAGAAGCUGGUGGGCUACUCUGUGGAGGAGAUGCUGGGCGUGGACGCCCAGGAGCUCCACCGCACCGACUCGCUGAAGACGGAAGUGGCCACCACCAUCUGCACGCAGCUCAAGAAAGGAAAGGAGUGGGAGGGCACCUUGUUCCACAAGCGGAAGUCCGGAGAGUGCAUCCCCAUGUGGAGCAAGAUCGCCCCCGUCGAAAUUCACACUGGGAAGUCGGAUCACGUGGUAUACAUUAAGGAAUGCCCUUUCUUCAUGGAAAAGCCCUUCUCGCCCGAUGCCGAUUUCCUGUCUUUUACUCUUAACUCGAGCAUGAAAAGCUCUAGAAAGGCAUCUUGUGAUGUUCGUUCCUUGUGCAGUGAGGUUGGAAUGAAUAGACGACAAUCAUUCGCAAAAUUUCAUGCAAUGACGCUGGAGGCCCCCAUAACAAAGGUCAUCAACAUGCUGGUGUCGACGCAAGAGAACAGUUCGGCCAUGGUGGCUCAGGCAUUGGACCGCGUCAUCGAAAUCCUUCGCUCCACGGAGCUCUACAAUCCGCAGCUGGGGGUCGGCCAGGGCAAGUCCGAGGACCAGAUGACGUCGGACCUGGUCACCGGACUAAUCAACACGGGCCAGAAACCAACGGGCGUGCGACGGCUGUCCCACGAGACUUCGCUGAUGAAAGUGAACGUUGUGAACGCAACGGCUUCGAGUGGCGUGCUCCCCAGCCUGCAGACGGCUCCUCCCAAGAUCAAGGACUUGCUGGAGAACGACGUCAAGUGGGAGUUCGACAUCAUCGAGCUGGAGACACUCACGGGACGGCGGCCUCUCAUCUGGCUAGGCCUGUCGAUCUUCUCGAAACUCAACGUGCACACCAGCCUCGAAUGCGACGACGCCACCAUACGCAAUUGGCUGCAGCUGGUGGAGUCUCACUAUCUGGACAACCCCUACCAUAACUCUACGCACGCCGGUGACGUCAUGCAGGCCACCGCCUACUUCCUGCUGAAAUUGCGGAAAAAGGACAUCUUCGAUCCGCUGGACGAGGCAAUCUGCCUCAUAUCUGCGGUGGUACACGACAUCGACCACCCCGGAAAGUCGAGCGCGUUCCUCUGCAACUCGGACCACGAGCUUGCCAUCCUCUACAAUGACCGCUCUGUCCUGGAGAGUCACCACGCGGCAUUCGCGUUCAAGUUGACGCUGUCGGACGAGAAAGUCAACAUCUUCCAAAAGUUGGAUCGUGACGUGUAUCGCUCGGUACGCCUGUCCAUCAUCGACAUGGUACUGGCCACUGAGAUGACGAAACACUUCGAGCACCUCUCCAAGUUCCUCAACGCGUUCCAGAAGCCCAUGCAGGAGGAGGAAGGCUUCGAGGCGGAGCCCUUACAAGAGCAUGGAGAGUCUGCCUCACUGCGCUCUGCCGAAAACAUCAUCCUCAUCAAGCGCAUGCUCAUCAAGUGCUCCGACGUGUCAAACCCGGCGCGCCCCAUCAACCUGUGCAUUCAGUGGGCGCACCGAAUCGCCGAAGAGUACUGCGCUCAGACGGACGAAGAGAAGCGUCUCGGUCUGACGGUGGUGAUGCCUGCUUUCGACCGCGCCACCUGCAGCAUCCCAAACUCACAGACGGGUUUCAUCAACUACUUUGUGCGCGACAUGUUCAGGGCCUGGUCAGACUUCGGCGAGUUCCCGGAGCUCAUGGAGUACAUCGAGAAGAACUACAUUUACUGGAAAGACAAGGAGCCGUCAUCUUGUCAGCAAGGGAAUCGCUAAUGGCUCGUCACCAGUUCACCUAAAGCGCAGAAGUGGCUUCAAUCAUCUUCACUGUUUGGGAAAGGGAGGGGAGUGGAAUGGGAGAGUGAGUGCGGGAGAGAUGCACACGAACACAUUGAAGAAAGGAAGCUGCUGUGCUGCUUCGAGGACGCUGUCAAACAGUGUGGACUUAAAGCGGCGAUGCGGGAAUGGCUGGCGGUAUUAGUCGGAAGAAACGUCGUCAAAGCGCCCUGCGAGGCUAGUAGUGUCUACGGUGCCAAUCGCUGCUUCGACCUGUGCACGCGGUGCGUGGCGCGGCAACAGCGGAGUGCGCGCUUGUACCGCGGUGAUGUGUGUCAGAGGUGAAAACAGCAACUCAAGUGGCGCCCGUGACGUUGACAAGCAGUGUCGCAAGUAGCCGAACGAGCCAACGGUGCGUUGGCACAGACGACGGUGAUCGCAAAAGGCUUUGUCCCGAUAGAGUGCGUGGCCUUCCCGGCGGGACCUUGAAUUUUCCUUGUUUGCACUCUUCCACGAACUGUUUGUUGUCGCUGCUUUUGCUUAACUCUCAUUAACAAAGGGGUGGGCGACGGGGAGAUGCAGGAUAACGGUUAGCUGAAAGGUAGGUAUGUGUAAAAAAAUGAAGAAAAUGAUAUAUGUUUGUCUCAACAUCCCCAGCAUCAGCCGCACCGCUUGUGACAAGUGUUUUAUCGCAGUCAAAAAGCAGCUAGCCUGCAAAGUGUCUCACCUAAGCGUAUUCAUUUGCACACUGUUGUGUCCUAUUCUCAAGAGCAACUCUGCUGUCUUCCUUUUUUUUCUUGUCUGCUUCUGCGAGAAAUGAUGCUUGUACGUAAGUGAACCGCGGGAGUGGAGCCAUUGCCAUGAUCCCACUCGUAUGAACGUUGAAACGUGAGGCGUGUGCGUGUGAAGGCAGGCUGCGUGCUAAACGUCAUUUCCGCUGCUGGGCAGCUAGUAAGCAUUCUGGCUCUGGAGGUGUAAAUUAUGGUGGACAUUGGCGUUUACUAAUGUUGCGCCGAAGCCGGUGCGCUUCACUCUACUUGUGGAAGUGCCGGCAGCUUCUGGUGCGACUACAGGCACCUUGCAUUACGCCUGUGGUUGUACUCUCGGAAUUUUCAUGUUCCACAUUAUUUCAUGUUGACUAGUCGAAAAAGCAUUCUACAGACAGCGGCAUUAGCAAGGUGCGUCGAUGAUUUGGUUUAGCGCAGUCAGCACAGUAUACAGCGAGAAAAAUUGGGCGACAGGCUCGCGAGCGCUGGCGAAGAGCUCCCGGGAAUUUUGGUGUUUGUUGAGGGUUUCAAGCGCGCCGAGUACGCCUUACGUAAAGUUAAAAGCUAGAAUAUGUAGACGUCGGAGAAUGCGCGCAUAGGGCACAGCAAGCUUGGCCAGCUAUCGCAGGGGUGUCAUCGUGUACGCACAGCUUAUUGUACGCACACACUUCAUCGUGUUGAUGGCAACAUUGAAGCAGCGGGAUCUGGCAGUCGGUCGUCGACAAUAAAGUAGGCAAAUUAAAAGAGCUUGUGACGCGCAACAAUCGGCGAAUGGUCUCGUAAGAACACCGUCUGUGGUGAUUGCACGUACACUUUCGGCUGUCCAAAGUAGCAGCAUAAAAUUUCAGAUAGUUGAAGGACGACGGCAGCAAUUUCAUCCUGCAUUAAGCAUGUGCAACUGGUAAGUUGUACUACAAGAGAGCUAAUUACUUUGGACUCAUGAAUGACUAGUGACCUAUACUCCGAUUGUAUAGAGUGAAUUGGUUUAAAUUUUACAAGAGGGUUAAUAUCACGCAAGCUUGUACAAGCUAGUACAACACUAGUCAUUCUCGCAUUAUCAUUCAGAAGGUUACAUAAGCCAAAUGAAGAUCCUCACUACACGAACACGCUGCACACCCUCCUGGUGAAAGGAAAUCGGCACACAAGAAAGUUGAGGUAAUUUAUGGUCUUCAGUCUGCACUCGAUUCCCACUCUUCGAGCAGGGGAAUUCCACUUCACUGAUCGUGGGAAUCGUGGAAACUGUAGGCAUCACGUUUAAAUCUUUUUAUUCCCAUUGCACACGUUCUGAUCGCGAUUUCGGCAGCAGCAUGCAGCUAAAUCGGCAAAUUUAUGCUAACACUACUGGAGGCACUAGCCUUCAAGAUUUGAGGAAACACCCGCAAUACGUGUACACGUAGACGGCUCUAGAAUAGCCAGUCACCUGCCUCCUCCCAACGCUUCUGGGUUGCCACCAAUCGCGUCAUUGUGAGAGUCACAGGGGCUGUUACCGGAGCCGAGGUUUCGUGAAAACAGUUAUUUUCAGAGCACAUAUCAAAAGCAAGUAUGAAAGAGAAACAGCGCGCGCUCUUUGAGAUACUAGUCCUCCUGACCACACUUUUCUGUCCGUGCCAAAGAAGUGCCCCUGUAUAGCGACUGCGAAUCCAUUGUUUUACCAGUGUUCAUUGCUCAAGCAAGAAGAGUCCUCCACGCCCAUCCGUUGUUCACGUCGCUGACUGCGUCUCAUGCACGAAAACAGAAAGUGUGUUGUGUCAGGGUAAUGUCACCCGAUUUUGUCACACGCAUGCACUCUACUGCGAUGGUGUAGCCACCGCUUCCUAACCACUGUUGCCCUCUAGUGAGUGAAAUUAACGGGAAACGGUACACCGCUUUGUGUCGUCAUGUUGGUAUGACACCUUAAUAUUGUCUCAUCUUCCCCUCAAGGUUCUCAACGGCUCGUGGAGUUACUGAGUGCUGCAGCUAGCAGGAAUGCAAUGCUGUCGAAUUCACUAUGAAAGCCCUUCGGCGAACGAACAAUUAAGAAUGCCUUCAUAACCAGCAAAGCGAACUGCCGAAGGUAAUAUGUAUAACCGGAUUGCAUUUCACAUAGGAAGGCGCAUGAGGUUAAAUGUUCCUGCCAAAAUAGCCUUCGCUAAUAACUAUGACCGAUCCUCAAAUGACGAAGGCUUCCAGUGUACCGUAGACGUCUGCGCUGAGCGUAUACUUAAUUCAGAGCUUGUUACGCACUGCAUAAAUCCACGGCAGAGCAGUAAAUGUGAUUCCGUUGUACGGCUAAGCAUUCGGUGAUCUGAAUGAAAAUAAUUCACAGACGUAGCUCUUGAGUCAAGUGCGUUCGUGCUGCACUAAAACUGCGCAGCAGUUUCUUCUUUUUUUUCCAUUGGAGAUGUUCACAGAAAGUUCGAUCAUAGUCAAUUCGAGAAUCUUAGGACGCGCGCAGUACCUGAACUGUGCAAACUAGUUUGCGCGGUUCGGAUACUGCGCGCGUCCAGGUAUUCUUUCGGACGUGUUUUCACGGGAAGACCGGAAGUGUUGUUCGAGUGAACCUGCGAUGCCAAUCGUGAUGCUGCUCGUCCUAAAGAAUGAUGUGUUUUCUGCGCGUUAUUCCUCAAGACGGUCGAUGUCAACACGCAGGCAUCAAUAUUUGGUAUACGACAGAUACAAGACCUGCGGCAAGAGCACUCAGUAACAGCACGAAGUUCAGAGGUCGUAGGCGCGUGUUCGCGUACGCCGAACGUAAUGCACUAAAUGUGCGCGUCAUAAACAGCUAAGUGCGUGUGAGUUUGAGUGUGCGCGUGCGUGCGUGAGUAUAUUGUAAGUGCCAACCAACCACUCGUCAUUUCCCAAUAAAAAUGUUGCCAAAGCGGAACCUCCCGUUUUUUCAUUUUUCGU